GUUUGGGAGGUGGACCUGACGCGGAUGUUCUCCGACUCUUCAAAUGCAGGAUAACUCAGAAUGGAUAGCAUCCGCUUCUUCUUCUUCUUCUUCUUCUUAAGCACCUUUAUUUUUUGCACCUCUUCGGCUUCACCGCCGAAUUUCAUCCUCCUUUUUGCAGAUGAUUUAGGUUUCGGUGACCUGGGUUGUUAUGGCCAUCCAAGUUCUCUCACUCCAAACCUGGACCGAAUGGCAGCUGGAGGACUCCGGUUUACAGACUUCUACUGCACCAGCCCCGUCUGCACCCCGUCCAGAGCAUCGUUGUUGACAGGGCGUUAUCAAACCCGCUCAGGUGUCUACCCAGGAGUUUUUUACCCAGGCUCCAGAGGGGGUCUUCCUCUGAAUGAAACCACCAUUGCUGAAGUGCUUAAACCUUUGGGCUAUGCUACUGCUGCCAUAGGGAAGUGGCACUUAGGAGUUGGUGCCAAUGGGAUGUUUCUUCCAACCAGGCAGGGAUUUGACCACUACCUGGGCAUCCCAUACUCCCACGACAUGGGUCCCUGUUGGAACCUGACAUGUUUCCCUCCAGAUAUUAAGUGUUAUGGAUUGUGUGAUUUGGGUACUGUCACUGUCCCACUAAUGCACAAUGAGGUCAUCAAGCAGCAACCAGUCAACUUCAUGGAACUGGAAAGAUCUUACAGUGAUUUUGCAACCGAUUUCAUUGCCACAUCAGCAAAGAAUAAACAACCCUUCUUUCUCUACUAUCCAUCCCAUCACACCCACUACCCCCAGUAUGCAGGAGUGGAGGCUGCCGGGCGUACUUUAAGGGGCCAAUUUGGAGAUUCUCUUUUUGAGUUUGACAUCACAAUAGGAAACCUACUGACAACUCUGGAGAAAACAGGAGUGAUCAACAACACCCUAGUAUUCUUCACUUCAGACAAUGGGCCUGAACUGAUGCGUUUGUCCCGUGGAGGAAACUCUGGCCCUCUGAAGUGUGGAAAAGGCACAACUUAUGAGGGAGGGAUGAGGGAGCCCGCCAUCGCCUUCUGGCCUGGCACCAUCAGUCCAGGUGUGACUCAUGAGAUGGCCAGCACUCUAGAUAUCCUCCCCACUAUGGCACGUCUGGCAGGAGCCAAACUUCCACAGGUGAAGCUGGACGGAGUCGAUAUGACAGACAUCCUUAUCAACCAAGCGAAGGGUAAAAGGGAAACCAUGAUGUUCUACCCCACAGAUCCCAGUGAGAUGUAUGGCCUGUUUGCACUCAGGCUAGGGAAGUACAAAGCCCACUUCUAUACACGAGGUGCUACACACAGUGGUACAACUCCAGACCAAGACUGCCCAGUAUUUGCAGUCCUCAAGGCACACGAUCCCCCUCUUCUUUUCAACCUAGAGGCCGACCCCUCAGAGCACUACCCUCUCACGCUGUUUGGAAAACCUGACCUCCAAGCCCUGCUGCAGAAGAUUAUAAAAAUCAAGGAGCAGUUUGAGGCAUCAAUGGUGUUCGGCGAGAGCCAGAUAUCAAAAGGAAUAGACCCGGACCUGGAGCCUUGCUGCAAUCCUCAGUGUAGCCCCAAGCCGAGUUGCUGCAAGUGUUGAUGGGACAAAUCCAGGUAAUAAUGACAAUUUGGGAAAACAAUGAAAGUAAGCAUUGAUUUAGACCUCAAGAUUUUUCAUUUUUCAGAAGAUGAAGAAUGUAGUGUAUACAUUUCCUGGAUAUUUUAAUGCAUAUUUUAACCAUUAAUUUAUUAUAACAUAUUUCCCCUCAACAUUCUUGAUAAUGAUAACAUUUUGCAUUGAUGCAUGGAUUUUAUGUGAUUUAAAAAAUAAAAAUGCUGUGCAGUCUAUCUCAAACACACAAGCAAUCAUGAGAUCUGAACAAUAAAGACAAGAAUGAAGGUUUCAGACA